GGUGCGCUGUCCACUUCAGCACCACAAGCCGAGCAGAGGCAGCGGGCUAGCUAACGGAGACGAGGAGGGACGGAAGACACGGCUCAACAUCAGCACCGAGUCUCAAAUACCGAAGAAUAUCCCCCAGAAACGCCGACACCAACGAGGCUAAAGACUGCAUAAAAGAGUUCAGCGAUCAUGUACGAUGCGGCGAGGGUGCCAUCUCCUAAGGAUGGUGCAAACGGGAUGGCCCAGCCGGUGCUGCCCGGAGCGGGAGCCGCUGCAGGAGCAGGAGGGCCGACGCCCACCGCAGCCCUACAGGCUAAAUGUGAGGAGGGUCAGCCAGGUACAGAGGAAGAAGAGGAGGAGGAGGAGCCCAAAGCUGAGCCCGUACUAGUGAAAAAGCCACACAGAGAGAUUCUGGACCAUGAGAGGAAGAGGAGGGUGGAGCUCAAAUGUAUGGAGCUCCAGGAGAUGAUGGAGGAGCAGGGGUACACAGAAGAAGAGAUCCGGCAGAAAGUGAGCACGUUCAGACAGAUGCUGAUGGACAAGGAGGGCGUUAUCACCAGAGAGGGCUCACACACACAACCAGUGGUCAACCACCUGCACUACGAAGCUGAUUAUGGACAGAACCAUCAAUUGGUCAGCUAUGAAGAUGGAGACUAUGACCAUGAUUACCACAGCGACAACAGAGUGAAGAGGAAAUCAAGCAGCUCUCCAUCCCCUCGUCCAAAGAAACGGAAGAAGAAGAAAUCUGGCCGCAGAAGGAGUCGGUUUGGCAGCUCCUCACCCACUCACAGAGAGAAGAAGAAAAAGAGUGGGAAGAAACACAAGCGAGACAGAUCUGCAUCAGGCUCGAGAAAAAAGAGGAGAUACAGAUCCGGCAGCCCAAAGAACAAACACAAAGACAAGAUCAAACAGAAAAAGAGGUCCCCUGGUGAGACUCCCAGCAGGAGUUCACAGCGUCAAGGCAGCUGCUGUAGUUCUCGCAGCGCCUCCCUGUCCUCCACCCGCAGCACCUCCAAAUCCCCCUCCAGAUUAAACUCCAAGCACAAGACGGACGGGCAGAAGGCGCCCAGCACCUCGCUGUCCCCCGGCACCAACCCACCCGCAGUGUGGCACAACGGGGACCACCCCCAGCGGAGCCGCAACGGCAGGGCCGGCAGACCCAACCACGGCGAGGGCGACAAAGUGCACGAUAAGCUCCGUCUGCUGACCGCUAACUCUGCAGGAAUGCAGUCCACUCUGCUGAGAGAGCACAAGCUCCACAGCGCCCCCAGCAGGAGCCAGGCGGGACAGAUGUGCGCCGCAGGAGAGGCUGGGGGUGUGGACGGCAGGAACUCGGCUGUAGGGAACUCCGUCACCCAGGCGUCAGGGAGGAGAGGGAGCCAGAGGGGCCAGAACAAGGGCUCCCACUCCCCCACUCACAGCAGCGACUCGGCCCACUCCCAGCACACCCACACCCACAGGGGGAGGAACUCCCGUCACCACAGAAAGUCAAAAGGGGGCCACUCUUCCAAGCGUCACCACCGCUCCAGUCGGGGUCAGGCGCACCACCGGAGCCAGUCUGCGUCACCGGGGCGCCACCCGCACACGUCAGGCAGGAAGAAGGAGGAGUCUCGGGGCAAACCCAACCUCCGGCAGCGCAGCAGCUCCUGGAGCAGCGGGCACUCGUCUUCACGCUCCGCCUCCAGAGACGGAGGCCCCUCCAAGGCCAAGUCCCCACACAGCAGACAGAACAACUCCAGAGAGAAGGACAGCCAGAACCACUCUGACGACGAGAGCCGCGCUCGCCGCCGCUCCCGCAGCUACUCACCAAUCCGCAAGAGGAGAAGAGACUCCCCCAGCUUCAUGGAGGCCCGCAGGAUCACCAGUGCUCGCAAGCGGCCCAUCCCGUACUACCGGCCCAGUCCUUCGUCCUCCAGCCUGGACAGCAGCCCGUCGCGCUCCAGCCGCAGCCGGAGCCACAGCUCAAGCAGCUCCAGCCGCAGCAGGAGCCACAGCCGGAGCCACAGCCGGAGCCACAGCCGGAGCCACAGCCGGAGCUGGAGCCGGAGCCGGAGCUGGAGCCGCAGCAAGAGCCCCUCCCGCAGCCACCACAGCUACGACAGCCGCAGCAGCUAUGACAGCCCCGGAGUCUGACACUAAACACGCAGCACGUGAAGAAGGGAAACAAAAACAACCAGAGGAGAAUCAUGAUCUUUAACGGGGCCUCCACAGGGCCUCACUGCUGUCCAACCAGGGCCCAAACUCCUCGCCCCUGGACCAUCAUCUCUCUCUGAGCCUGGAUCAAAGUGGAGAAACGUAAUUUGAUAUAGCACAUCACUAUGAAAUUGGCUAUCACUAUUCACGUCUUCACAAAGGCAUUAAAGGAAAUGGGUCACCACAUGUCGAAAUUAAUUUGGUAGAGCCCAAAGAACAAAUCUCGCUGUAUGUUAGCACUUUCUUUCUCUUCUUCCACAACGCAACCAAAAAUGAAUUCAUUAAGAACUAUAUACUAUAUAAAUAUAUAUAAAUAUAUCCUAACAGUAGGAGCUGAGUAGAAGAUAAAAAGAGGACACAUCAACUGCUUAAUGAACAUUUCAUUACAUUUCUGACUUUUUUUUCCCAAUCAUGUCCUCAUCUGCCCCAAAGACUUCCAUCUCAUCGAGGAGCAGAGAUCAACACCAGUUAGAACAAAAGACAAAUUGGCGGAUGAAAUGGGGAGCAAAAAAGAAAAUGAACUUUUUUUAUGAUAAAAUGGUAUUGUAUAGGUUUGUCUGUAUAGUAAACUCUUACGUUCUGGCUUUGUAAACUAUGCACUGUAUAUUCCAUCUAGUUGAAGGAGGUUUGUUGAGCAUGAUGCGUCAGGAGAGACUGGCAGGAAGUAGAGGUGCAUCAGAGCUCCCACUGGCCUAUACAGUAUGUCGGGAGGGGGGGAUUAUUUAUGAUGUACUUUGACUCUUCCCUGUUUAAAUUAUUAUGUUGAUUCUGCUAAUCCUGACUGUGUGUGUGUGUGUGUGUGUGUGUGUGUGUGUGUGUGUGUGUGUGUGUGUGUGUGUGUGUGUGUGUGUGUGUGUGUGUGUGUGUGUGUGUGUGUGUGUGUGUGUGUGUGUGUGUGUGUGUGUGUGUGUGUGUGUGUGUGCCUCCUCUGCAAUGUCCAGUGAGGUAAUUAUUUAUGUGUACACUAAGGCUGCUGUAUGGUAGUGUACAGAAAACUGUCUGCAAAAUGUCUACCAUACACACACACACACGUGUUGACCACAGCUAUUUAUGAUCCUAUUGUAUUUAUUUGGUUAUUUAUUGGUUAUUUAUUAUUUAAUGUAUUUAUCAUGAGCUGAAAAGCAGUUGGGUCAUGCUUUAAAGACGAGAUUGUGAUGCAAACAUGUUCCCUGUACUGUUCAUGUCCACAGAAAUCAUGACAAGGCUGACGCCAGCAGGGUGGAUAUUUGACUGCAGUGUGUUUAACAUGCUCUUUGUAGCCGUUGGGCAGCAGACGGUCUUCGCCCACAGUUUCUCCCACGGAUGCCACUACGGCACCCCCGGCCUCUUGUAGUGGUUAAUUUGAAUGCAACCAUUAUGACUCUGCUUGUAUUGAGGACGGUGUGGAAAGAGGAGUCCAUUAUUCUACUCUACCGUAUGUUUCCAGCCUAUACAUAUUCUAAUCCCUUGUAUAAUUGGCCGCAACAUGUUUCUGUCACAGGUCCCCUUGUUACCAGGAGAAUAUAAUGUGAUGUAACCUAGCAUAGCAGAGACGAGACACACAGCUUCAGUAGUACAGUGAACAAACUGGCGACACAAUCAGGGAUCACCCUAAGUCUUCCUUACCAUUCGACCAGCUUCAUGUCACUCAGUGUUGCAUACCCAGUGUAACCCAACUGAAAUAAUCUGCAAACAUGUUCAUUUAUUCCAAGUAUAGCAUCGCCCCUUUGGUUCUCCAAGUCAUUCUUUGUAGUGUACAAGUUAUAAUACCUGACAAUAAACAGAAACAAAUGGGGAAAUAA